AUGGCAGCUGUGGAUUAUGAUGAAAUUUUAAAAGACUCAAAUCCAUAUAAGAUAUAUGAAGAAUUGAAUAAACAGGUAAAAAAUGCAACAGAUGGUCAAUAUUGUAGUGAAUUUGAAAAUGUAGAACAAGAUUACAGAGAUAAAUCUGUUAAACUUUGUAAAAAAGUAACAAAUCUUUUAGAAUUUGUAUAUGAAAAGGAUAAAUCGAAAGAUUUUAAGGACUAUUGUUCACAUUAUAAAUACUGGGUAUAUCAAGAAAUAAACAAAUUGUUUAAUGAACACUCAUCAAAAAGUGAUAUCGACGAUGUUAUUAAGAAAUUUAAUAAAUUACAGACUGUCCUUUUCACUAAGCACAAGAAACGUGAUUGUUCUUAUAGAUUUGAUUAUAAUACCUUUGAGGGAUUGAAAUAUAAUAUCGAAGAAAAGUAUUUGUAUGAUUAUUUUAAAAACUAUAACACUAUAAAAAGUAGUGAAACUUGUAAAAAAUGUAACAACAGUAAAUAUAAAGAAUACCUCAAAUUUAUCAGUGAUAUAUAUAACAAUGUGAAAGAAGACUGUUGUUUGUAUGGGACAUCAGUAUGUGAUAAUUAUUUUUUGACUUGCGAUGAUAAGUUUGAUCCAAGGAAACUCUUAUCGGCAUUGCUAUCUAAAGGUAGUGUCAAUUGUGAUGGACUAAGUAAUAUUACAUCUAAUUUUGAUGAGGAAAAAUUAAAUUCUAUGGUAACAGAUCCAAAAAUUCUAAACUCAAUUACUUAUGGUACAUGCUUUAAUCUGAAUAAUCACGAACUUACAUCAAGUAAUGCAAAAUACCCACAUUGUAGUUUAUUAGCAACAUCUGUGACGUUAAAUAGAAGUGUGCCUACAGAUGGAAAUGCUGGAAGAGCUUUGCUUGAUAGUGGAUCCCCCCUGGAUGGUGUGAAUUUAUUGACAGGGGAUGGUCAGGUUGGAGAAAAUUCACCACAAGAAGCUGCAUCACAAGGUGAACCUCGUACAAAAACAAGAGGAGGGGAUUCUCAUAGCCCAGAAGAACUAAAGCAGGAGGCAACUGCUGAGGAAGAUGCACCUGAUACUUUUAGAUGGAAAUUUGACGGGGGAGGAACACUACAGUGUCAGACUAAAAGCAGAGGUAAAAAUGAAGAAGUACUUUGCGAGUACAUGGAUGUAUUAAUUGAAGGAACCUUUGCUACACACAUGAAAGAUACUAAAAGUUACAAAGUGAAGGCUGGAAUUUCAUGGACAGAAGAUGAUUUAAAACCAGCGCGCGAAAUAGUGAGGAAAAGGAGGUCAGCUAAUGAAUCAAAUAUAUUAAACAACAUUUUUUUCCGUAUUUCUACUGCAGUUACUCUAGUAAUGGGAAUUAUUUUUAUAUUUUACCUUUUUUUUAAAUUUACUCCCUUCGGAUCACGUUUACGUAGACAUAGAAAAAGAAAACAAAGGUAUAGACUUGAUUUUGCCGAUUUAAGUACACGCAAACGACCAAGACGCUUCUUAAAACGUACUUAUAGACAUUCUGACAGGAGGAGAUUUAACGUAGUAAAUAUAGAAGAUGAGCUUCUUUCAUCAAAUGAUUUACGGAAUAUCAACUGA